AUCAACGCUAACUGCCGCGCAGUUUAAACCUGAAUCCUGGCCUUCGCGGAUUGUCGCGCUUCCGUGGCAAGUGUGGGCACCCACAGCUGAAGGGGUCGCCCGUCGGCGUGGACGAGGCCUGCGCGGCCAGCAAGGCCUGCGAAGCCCGAACCCUUUUCGGUAGCCACUCCUGGCGCCUCGGUCCUCGCCGCCGCGCGUCGGCUUGCAGGGCGGGGACGCGGAGCCGCCUUCGGAUCGGGGCGGUAACCUCUGUUCUGACUUUGAGCUCCCAGCUGGGCGAGGGGUCGCCACUAGUUUUCAGAAAUGGAGUACCCAGGGAUAAAAGUUGACACUGUUACCUCUGGAAUUCAGAGACGAGUGAAGGGCAGAAUUGCAAAGACAAAUUUGAAUGUUUCUCUUGCUUCAAAGAUCAAAGCAAAAAUAUUAAACAAUUCUUCUAUUUUCAAGAUCUCUCUAAAGCACAACAACAGAGCAUUAGCACGGGCCCUUAGUAAAGAGAAAGAGAAUUCUCGAAGAAUUACUACCGAAAAGAUGCAAUUACAGAAAGAAGUAGAGAAACUGAAUUUUGAGAAUACCUUUCUUCGCUUAAAGUUAAAUACCUUGAAUAAGAAGCUUGUAGAAAUAGAAUCGCAUGUGAGCAAUGAUUUGUUAACUGCAAUUGAAAUGAGCAGUCUUUCUGAGUUCCAUCAAGGUUCUUUUCUCCUGUCAGCUAACAAGAAGCAAAGGAUCAGUAAGCAGUGCAAGCCUGCGCAUCCUCCGUAUGCAAGAGUUCUGUUAACUUCAGAAAAUGAUGAUGAUGAUGGUGGUGGUGCUGAUGAUAGAAGGAAUACAAAGUGUAACAACAGAACUAUAUCAAAGACAUCACCUGAUAGUACCUCUUCGGUAUCAAGACAACCUUCAUCCUUACAUCAGUGUAAUUUGAAAGCAUUCCCUCCUAAAGAAGAUAAUCAGAAAACAUGUGGUUCAGGUCAUUUAGAACAUACUUCAAGUGUUGAUGUACUUCCUAAUGAGUGCCACUCAGAUCAGAGUCCUAAGAGUUCUCUGAGUGAGAUGAAAACUGCUCCAUCUCCCAGCCUCAGAAGGGAAAAGUUAUCACAUGGUAAUGUGACUAUGAGGAAAAAGUGUGUGUCUUCAACUCCAGACAUUCUGUAUGCGACAGAUUUAGAUCACCAACCAACUUCAAGUCCAGGAUCAAAUUGGAAUAAUGAGAUACAUGGUCAUACUAAUGAAACCAGCAAUAACAUGCAAAGAAAUACUGAGUGUUUUCUUGACUUACCUUCUGAGUCUUCCAGUGACCCUGAUGCAAAGCGCAUGGAGCAGGUGCAGAAGAACACCAAUAGCUUUCACUUCCAGGAAACUGUAUAUGAUGCUGCUGACAUGGAGUUAACUGCUACUGACACAGGCAAGAUUGUAACAGUUUCAAAAAGUAAGAAAAAUCAAAAUAAGAAAAAGGCAGAUUGUAGAAAGGAGACUUUCAGAAAAGUGAAAGGUGCAAGCUCUGAUAAAAAGAGAGAAAGCUCAAAGAGAGAAUGUAAAGAUGGUUCAGAAGUAGGUGCUGAGGAAGAGACUGAUGCAACCAGAGCAGAAAGAGGCUCUGGUGUCCUGGAUGGCAGAGGGGAUUCAGAGGAUCGAAACUGCAUUUCCAAUACUGAACAGCCAUCUCAGGUAAACAUGCAGAAGAAAAUAGCCCUCCAGAACAGCUCAGAUCAGGAGAACAUUCGAAAUAAAAAGAGGAGGCAAACAUAUACGACAGAUGAGCAAGAGGAAACAUACCCUUUCUCCAGACAUUCAGUCAGAUUUCUUCAAGAUGGUAAAUUUGAUCUGUGUCAGAACACCCUACGUCAUAAUUUAAGUAAGCCUUCUCGACAGACAUUUGUGAUUCGUAAAUCAGAAAAAGAUAACUUAUUUCCAAAUCAAGAAGGUAAAGACACCGUUUCUGAAAGCCUAGAAGUUACAAAUGAAUCUCACAUAGCUGAUCUUGCCAUCAAAGCUAAUGAAGACGUAUGUGACCAUGAGACCCAGACAAUGUUGGACUUGAAAAAGUCUGUCAAUGCUCAACAAAAUCAAACAAAAAUAAAUAAGACUAAGCAGAAAAUAAAUCGAAGGACAAAAAUAAUUUCUGUCAUGAACCAAAUAUAUGAGGGCAAUGAUAAAGAUAUUCACGUCCUAGAAAACUAUGAGGAUAAUGAUAAAGAUAUUCACGGCCUAGAAAAAUAUGAGGAUAAUGAUAAAGAUAUUCACGUCCUAGAAAAAGGCAACUUUCCCUUUCAUACCCAAGCAAAUAAAGAAACCACCAGUGGAAACCUAGAAAGGUCAAAAGAAUUUGAAACACCUCUUCUUUUCGCAAGAGACAAUGGAAGCUUACGUGACUGUAAGACCCAGAAUGUUCUGGAUCUGCACAAGCAAAUUCCUGAUCUAUACCCUGAUCGGAAUGAGUCCCAGAUUAGCAAAAUCCCUAGGCAAAAAGUAAAUCGCAAGACAGAAGUAAUUUCUAGAGUGAAUUGUUUUAGUAAUGACCAAGGUGUUCAUUGCUCAGAAAAGGAUAAGUCUUUGUUGCUACAAAAGGAUAAAGACAUCCCAGGAACUUUAAAAGACUUAAGUGAGUUUGAUAUGCCUGCUUUUUGUAACAAAGAUAGUGCAAAGGUGUGUGAUUAUAAGUCUGAAAUGCUCUUGGGGUUGAAAAAACAUGACCCUAAUAUGCAACCUGCUUGUCAAGAUGAUUCAAAAGCAGGUAAGAAACUUAGACAAAAGGUAAAUCGAAAAACAGAAAUAAUUUCUAAAAUCACCCAAAUACAUGAAAAUGAUAGAGAAAGUGCACAUGACUCAUUAAAUAAGAAGCUCUGUAAGAAGGUUAAUAUAUCAAAAAUCAUUUCUCAAAUGAACCAAAUAUAUGAGACUAUUAAUGAAGAUGGAAAUGGCUUUAAGAGCUCUAUCAAAGAUUGCCAAGAUAUUAAAAGUUGUGACUUUGGGGAAAUCAACAGUAAUAAAAAGGGAAAUUGUGAUCCAAUUCAAGAUCCUUGCACACUGGUUAAAAAAACAAAGAAAAAGGGAUCAUGUAAAGCAGGGAGCAGUUUGGCAGGAGAUAAGAACAGGUGUAGUUUGCAGUUACCAGAUUCUUCCCAGGUGUCUGUCCCCUUAGACUCUGGCUUAAAACACCAUCCAAACGAAGCAGAUUCUGGUCCUGGAGAGCAGACAAACCUGCCAAAGAUGCAGAAACAAAGCACUGUGAGGUCCCUGGGAGAUGCCUUCUCUGUGAGCCUGGGAAAAGAAGGAAGCCACCCAGCCAAAGCAGUUAGUAAAAUGACACCCAAAUCAAAGAAAAGAAAGCUCCCUCUCGGUUGUUCUCCAGAAACCCAUGGAACGGUGGAGAUAACACUCAACACUGACCUCACUAAGGCUGUUGACUCCCAACAGCCUGAGAAGGAGAACUAUUUGGAGAAUGAGAAAAUUGCCAAGAGUAAGCCAGAUUUUUGUACAAAGGUGUUGAAACCUUUAUCUGAGACAUGUUCAUCUAACAUAAAGAAUUCUUCCUUGGACAGUAUGUGUAAGAGUUCGCUACCUUUGAGUAUUUCUUCUAGAAAAACCCUGAUGCUGGAAGGAAGUGCUUCCGUGGAGAGUGCAUGCAUCCUUCAAGUAGGUGAUGACGACGCUCAUGAGAAGAUAACGACAGGCACGCGGAAUCCCCACCACAGGACACAAAAGUCGACACCGGGUAGCAGAACGUCCCUCGUCUUGGUGGAUACCAGUUCUGCUUCAGAUACCAACACUGCUAACCCCGAGAAUGAGUCAGAAGGGCAGUCCUCACCCCCACUGAGAAGGAAAAGGCAGUGCGUCCCUCUCAACCUGACAGAGCCGAGCCUUAGAAGCAAGAUGAGGAGAUAAAGUCAAAGUGAAGUGGACACGGAUCUUGGUUUUCCUGAUUUCUCAAAGCACGGGUCAGAACAGAAGCACAAGAAAGACAUGAAACAAAGAUGGAUUCAGUUGUUUGAGUUUUGUACGUGAAGUGUUUGGUUUUGGGUUUGGGGUUUUUUGGGGGGCCUUUCUUAGAUUUUGCGAGAUCUGUGUGCAUGAAAUAGCUAUAUCUUAGAUAAUAAACUUUUUUUAAAAAACAUUGGUCAUCAUAUAACUUGUUGAUUUAAAUUUCUAUCAAAUGUAUAUAACCAAGCAACUAUUCUUGUUAACCAAAUAAAAUGUAUCAAUAGAUCGUUCUGCAUUGGUUAUCUUGUAUAUCAGGCUAUCUUGUCUUCCUAACAUUGAGGAUGCCAUCUUUACUGCUAAAACACAGGAACACACCACCCUGCCUGUGCAGUGGAGGUUGGAGGCCUUGUUAGCGGAACAUUUACCUUGUGGGGAGGGUUGCCUUUCUGACAGUCUGUUCAUGCUCCAGGAAUACUGUUUAAGACUUCUGACCUCCUGGAAUCCCUCUAACAGUAUAAUUUUUGUUCCUUUUUUUUUUUCCUACCUUUUAUGAGAUUUCCCUUUAUUUCUCUCUCCCAUGCAAAUUACUUCAUAUUUUAUACCAAGUAUUUUUCUUUUACUAUUGGUAGAGUUUGAUUACACUUAAAAAAAGUUUUCAGGUUAUAAAGUACCAUGGUUUUAAUUUUAAAAUUUUUAGGUUGUGUGCGUGCACGCAUUCAUGCUACAGGGCCUGUGGAGAGUGGGUUCUCUGCUUUCCUCAUGAGGACCUGAGGGAUGGAACUCAAAGUCCUCUGCUUUGCUUUUUGCCCAUUGAGCAGUUUUUGUGAGCCCUACAUUUAAAUUUCAGACUAAUACAGAGUUUGUUGUAUGAUGUGAAGUAUACCUGUAAUAUUUUACUAUUUCUCAAGUGAUUUAUUGACUUAAGAGCUCGUAUCUAUUUACUUAUUUGAAGUUUUUAGCGUUGUGUUGUGUUCCCAUGUGUGUCGAUUGUUGAUUUUCCUGUCUCCUAUUCACUUGUGUAUCAUCUUAUCAUUAAUUCUCUUUAUUUAUUUUUUAAAUACAAAUUAAAAAAAAGUUUUUAAGAUU